AUUUUACGCCUUGUCGGAAGUGUAUCGAAUACAGUUCCCGUUUUCUCACUCUUCUGCUCCAUCUUUUCUUUGUUCUGCAUUCUCCCGCUCGUCGACGCUAAAACCCUAACCCUAAACCUCAAUUCUUUCUCUUUCAUGGCGAAUUAAAACUCUCUGAAUCUUUUUGUAGUUCUGAAAUACCUAAAUACUCAAUUCGAUGAACAUGGACAUUGAUCCUUUGCAGUCUGAGACUGAUGAACUGAGUCAGAAAUCCGAGGCUUUAAGAGCUUUAUCGAACGGCUCAAUAUCUUCAUCGAUUUCGGAACUUUCAGUUUCAUCUAGGGUUUUGCCCUCGGAGAAGGACUUCCAUUUCUAUUACAAUUUCGAGGAGUUUAAAGUUCCGAUUGAUGAAAUUGGUGCCAAGUCGCAGUUGAUGCUGCAACAGAUUAAUUCGGCGAAGCAGUUAUGGGGUGGGAGAGCGAUUGAGUUUCCUGAGGAUGUGGAUGAUGAAGCGUAUGAUUGGCUUGUGAAUGUGAAUGAUGAAGUUAUUGAGAAGUUUGAUGUGUCAGUAGACGAGUUUUCGAGGUUGCGAAAGGCGGAAGAAGAAGCGGCUAAGGCUACACCUAUGGUUGAUGAUAAUGGGUUUCAGUUAGUUUGUGGGAAGAAGAAAAAGGGUCUUGGUGUUGGUGGGAUGAGAGAGAAAGAGGAAACUGUGGCUUCACCUGCUGUUAGAGUGGUGGAGAGAGAUAGGAAGACAGAAGGACCGAAGCAGAAGGUGCCAUUUCAUAUCGCCACGAUUAGGAGGCCGCAGGAGGAGCACAACAUAUUAGUUAAUAACUCGAAUCAACCGUUUCAGCAUGUUUGGCUGGAGAAGAGUGAUGAUGACUUGAGGUUCAUUCACCCAUUGGAAAAACUAUCUGUUUGCGAUUUUGUGGAUUGUAACAUUGAGAGUCUUGAGCCAGUGAAGCCGCCUCCACUGGAGUCUACUCCAUUCAAAAUGGUCGAAGAAGUCAAGGAUUUAAAGGAGUUAGCUGCUAAACUGCGAAGUGUUACUGAAUUUGCUGUCGAUUUGGAACACAAUCAGUACCGGUCUUUUCAAGGGUUGACUUGCUUGAUGCAAAUAUCUACUAGAACUGAAGAUUUUGUUGUCGAUACUUUGAAACUGAGAAUUCAUGUUGGCCCAUAUCUGAGGGAAAUCUUCAAGGACCCUACUAAGAAAAAGGUCAUGCAUGGAGCAGACAGGGAUAUUGCAUGGCUUCAGAGAGACUUCGGCAUCUAUGUAUGCAAUUUAUUUGAUACUGGACAGGCUUCACGAGUGUUACAAAUGGAGAGAUAUAGCCUGGAACAUCUCCUCCAACAUUUCUGUGGUGUGACUGCAAAUAAACAAUACCAAAAUGCUGAUUGGAGGUUGCGUCCACUUCCUCAUGAGAUGCUAAGGUAUGCUAGAGAAGACACCCACUAUCUACUAUACAUAUUUGACCUAAUGAGAAUUAGGCUGCUUUCGGAGUCUACAGAUUCUGAUAACUCCAAAAUGCUUGUACAUGAGGUUUACCAACGCAGUUAUGAUAUAUGCAAGCAACUUUAUGAGAAGGAGUUGUUAACAGAUACUUCAUAUCUUCACAUAUAUGGUGUGCAGGCAGCUAACCUAAAUGCUCAGCAGCUAUCCAUAGUCGCUGGUCUCUAUGAGUGGAGGGAUGCUAUUGCCCGUGCAGAGGAUGAAAGCACUGGUUAUAUAUUGCCAAAUAAAAUACUCCUGGAAAUAGCCAAGCAGAUGCCGCUGACUACCAACAAAUUACGACAUUUCGUUAAGUCCAAGCACCCAUAUGUGGACCGAAAUCUUGGUUCUGUGGUCAACAUCAUCAGGCAUUCUGUUCAGAACUCUUCAUCUUUUGAAGCAGUAGCUCAGCAACUAAAAGAAGCUCAAAUUCAGAUGGCACUUGAACUAAAUAAUGCAGGGACUGAUAUGUCUUGUGCUCAGACUGCUAGUGACAAUAACGGUGAAGGUUCUGAUGGUAGCCAGCAUGAACAUGCACCAGCUCAUGUGCAAUCCAUAAAUGAAACUCUGAAAGUAACAGAUAAAGCUUUUACACCAAGGAAGAAUAGAUGUGGAAUUUUGGUGAAGGAUGUUCAUCAGAAUGGGAAUAUGUCUAAAGAAGCUAAUGGUAGCACCAUUCCUGAGUCCCAGAGAGAACAUCUGCUCUUUUCCAGUCAGAAGAAUGAUAGUGCCUUGUCUGGGAAGGUUGCUGAAACUACUGUCCAGCUGCUGAAGAAACCAGGUCGUGCUUUUGGGGCACUUUUGGGAAGUUCUUCCGUCAAAAAGAAAACAGAUCAUAGAAAGGACGAGGACAAGCUGGAGCAGAUUAAGUCUUCUGUGAAUCUUCCAUUCUACUCAUUUUCACAUAGAGAACAAGACUUGAAGCAAGCUCCUAAAGAAGCUCCUGAACUAAAUAGAACCUCUAACGCCCAGCUCAUUGGGGAAUCUUCUGACCCGGAUUUGAGCAAGUCUGAAGAUAUAAUAUUGCUGAAUGGAGAUCAGCAGUUGAUCCAGGCACCUGAACAGCCAAAUAGAAUUUCUGAGGCCACUGAAGAAUUCCCUGUGGCAUCAGCGUCUAACGCUAAAUUAGAUGAUGUCAUAUUCUUGGACAGUGAUUCCAAUGACGAAGAAUCAGCUGAUGAUAGAUUAGCUCAAAAUCAAAUUCAUCUGAACACAAAUAAUCAUCAAGUUGCUUCUGAACCAGAGGUAGUGGUAUUAGAUGAGGAUGAAGAUGACGAUGAGGGUAAUGAACCAAUUUCUCUUUCAGAAUUAUCAUCCAGCUUCCAGAAAUGCUUGCAGCCUGGGAAUCAGGACCAAGCAAGCAAACAAAAAAAGGACUCCGAAGAAACUUGUAGCUUGCAGUUUAAGCCGUUUGAUUAUGAAGCCGCAAGGAAAGAAGUGAAUUUUCAGGGAGUUGCACAGAAAGAAUCGAAAAGUGGUGACAAUGAUAAUAAUCGUUUCGGGAAGAAAAAAGUUGUUACUGAUAGGAGCAAGAAUGACGAAGAGCUGCUUCCACAAGGUAAAAGGCGUCAAGCAUUUCCAGCCAGUGGGAAUCGCAGUGCAACAUUCAAGUGAAGUUUGGUUCCUUAGUUUUAGUUGGCUUUGUAUAACAGGAUCGUGAUUGGUGAAUGUGAUGGAUAUAGUUAGAUUUGUAAAAUCUAGACCAUAUGUUGGAUUACUAGAAAUGCAAGACAAUUUAAUUGAUAA